AUGGAUGAGUUUGAUGCACUUUUAGCUCAACUUGGUCCUGAAGAUCUUGAUAAAGUGAAUGAUAUAAUCGAUCCAGAGAAUUCAUAUUUACCAGCAAGUGACCGUUGUAAACAACAAACAGCUAAAACUGAAACUGGUCCAUAUGAUCGCACUAAACUUCUUGAAUUUCUUACUGAACAAGGCAAAAAUGAAAAAGAUUGGGAUCAUAUUAAAUCAUAUGUUCCAGGUGAAAAAAAAGGUAAAGUUUGGCAAGCACCACCUGUUGUUAAACCAACACAAGCAGAAGAAGAUGAGUUCAUGGUUUCAACUGAAUGGGAUGAUGUAUUAACAAAUGCAAGUGAAUCAGAAAUAGUUGAACUUGCUGCUAUACUUGGUUUUACGGGUUUAAUUAAUCAAGUACAAUAUCAUGCAGCAUUGAAUGAAAAAGGUUUACCAUCACAUUCAGGCGGAUGGAAUGCUGCUGCUAGAAGUGAACCAUUAAAAAUUCUUCCACCUGAACCAGAUAAUACAACAGAUGUUGAAGAUUGUAUUAAAAAAGCAAAAGCAAAUGACAGUGGUUUUACUCGUAUUAAUAUAAAUAAUAUUAAAGAAGUUAAACCUGAUGUACUUAAAGAAUUACUUAAUUCAUUAAAAGACAAUACAUAUGUACAAACUCUUGAAAUGGCUAAUGUUGGAAUGACAGAUAGUGUUGGUCGAGUACUCGCAGAACUUCUUGAAGCAAAUUCAACAUUAAAAACUGUUAAUGCUGAAUCUAACCGUUUAACGGGCUUAGUUGUUAGUGAAAUUGUACGUGGUACAUUAAAAAAUCAAACAUUACUUGAAUUACGUUUAUCAAAUCAACGUUCUCAAAUACUUGGCAAUCGAGUUGAAAUGGAAGUAGCUGAUGCUAUACAAAAAAAUGAUGCACUUCUUCGUUUAAAUUUACAAUUUGAUACACUUGGACCACGUGUACGUGCUACGGAAAAACUUAAACAAAAUUUAGAUGCUCUUGAUCUUCGUCAACAAAAUGAUAAUGACAAUAGAUCUCAAGUAGACAAUCUUAUUAAUAAUUAUAAUCAUCAUCAUAAAAGUCAUUUAAAUAAAGAAGAUCUUACUGAUGAUAAUCAAAAAUCUCCUUCAACAUUUCAACGUGAAAAAAAAUAUUCAUCACGUAAAAAAGUUCUUGAUGAAAUUGAUACUGGUGAUGAACCUGAAAAACCUUUACGACGUACACAUUCAUCAAAAUCAAAUAAUCAAACUGAAUUAUCAGAUAUAAUAAAUCAUGCAACACAAAAAAUGAAAACAACAACAGAAAAUUAUGCUGAAGAAGCAUCAUUAUGUAUUAAUGAAUUUGAUGUUAAAACCGAAACAUUAGUUAAAGUAAAAGAAUUAAAAAAUGGUGCACAUAUGAUACGAUUUGUACGUAUUGAAGAACCAUCAUCCUCUCAUGGUCUUGAUAUAAAAGAUAUUUGUAUGCUAAAUUGUUGUGUAGAAAAAACUUGUGAUUUAGCUAUGCUAAGUGAACAACGUACAAAUGAUGGUUUUAAAUGUUAUUUAUUUGCUUGUAAUGGUAGUUGUACAUAUGCACCACAUGGAGAUUAUACAAGUAUGAUAUUAAAAAAAGAUUCAUCUUCUGAUGAUGAAACAACAAUAUCAAAUAAACAAUCGAAGACAAAUGAAAAAAUAUCAGAUGCAUCAUCAUCAACAAUUUCUACUACUUGUCGAAGUUCUGAAUUUUCGUGUCGAGAUGGAAGUUGUAUUCCAUAUUAUGAUGUUUGUAAUUCAUAUGAAGAUUGUCCAUCGGGUAUUGAUGAAGCGAUGUGUUCACCGGAGUUUACUGCUCAUCAACGUACACAACAAGAAAAUCGAAAGAAACCUUCAACAGUAGAUAUUGAUAGUGAAACAAAUACAGAUCUUGAUGAAGUUCUUGAUGAAAUCGGAGAUGAAGAAUCAGUAACAACAAAAUCAACGCCGAUAAAAACUAUUGCGAAGAAUGAAAAACAAAAUAAAAAUUCAACGACAUCUUUUCUGUAUAAUAUUGAUCUUGAUACACAAGAUCGUGUAUCAAAAUUACAAAAACUCAAAGAGUAUUUAGAGGAAACAAAAGGUCCUGAAGCAUGGUAUCAUUUAUUUCAAACAUUAGUUCAACAUCAACAACAAGAUCAUUCAAAUAUCGAACCAGAACAAAUUGGUUCAUCAUCAUCAAAUGAUGAAGAUAAUUUUCAAGAUCAUUUAUUAGCAUUAGAACAACAAUGGAUAGCUGAUCGACAAAAAACAACAACAACGACGACAACGACAACUAUGAAACCAAAAUUUAUUAGUCGAAAAACCAUAACAACCACAACAACAACAACAAAAGCAAGUCGACGAAUGAAAACUAAUAAUGAAAAUGAUCCAAGAUUACAAAGACCAUCACCUAUUAUUGAUGAUGAAGUAACAGAUGAUGAAGAGGAUGAAGGUGGUGAUGAUGGUGAUCGAUACUAUUGGCAACCCACAUAUGAUGAUCGUCGUGGAAAUCGUUAUAAUAAUUAUCCACAAAAAACUAAGAGUACAUCUACAACAAGAAAACCAAGAAUAAAAUAUCCAUCAAAUAAUCGAGAUAGUACUAUGACAACAUUAUUACGAGCCAACGGUAUUGAGCCAGAUAAUUAUUCUCAUACAAGAUCAUUUAUACGUGAAUCAAGUGUUAUUUUAUUACUUCUUCUUGGUCUUGUAUUUACAAUUAUAUUACUUGUUCUAGUCGGUUUUUAUUGCCGAGAUUCAUGGAAACAUGGUCGUAUAAUAAAAAGUCGUUCAACAGAUGCUGAUUAUUUAAUUAAUGGGCUUUAUUUAUAA